AUGGCGUCUGCAACAUCAAAUAAGUCGCGUUGUGCGACAUGUGGCAAGUCAGUUGGAACUUUUAUGUGUCGUGGAUGUUCACAGGAUUUCUGUCUAACUCAUACGCAUGAACAUCGUCAGUUACUUAGUAAAAAGAUCGAUGAAGAAGUUCUUUUUGUUCACAAUCAGUUACAACAAAGUUUUAAUGAGCACAUCACACAACCUCGUACACAUCCUCUCAUGAAACAGAUUGACCAAUGGGAACAAGAUUCAAUCAACAAGAUACGUCAGGCUGCUGAGGAAGGACGAAAAAAACUGUUAAGCAUAAUAGGUAAACAUAUGGAUAAUAUAAAGACAAAUUUGACAUUGUUCAAACAAGAGAUAGUUAAAGCUCAUGACGAUGAUGAUUUUUUUGAGUCUGAUAUCAAAGAAUGGAAAGAGAAAUUGGAUAAAUUAAACAAGGAUUUGAAUGCUCCACAAGCAAUAAAAAUUCAACAAAGUGAUAAUGUGAACUCGUUUAUAUCAAGAAUUUCUAUUAAUGAGGAAACGCAAAUCAAUGAAACAUUUGAAAGUUUACUGGGUGAUAUUCGAAUCGAAGAGAAUGGUCGACUUCUUGUACAUGGAAACUCGAAUGUUCACACAGUAAUACGGAGUAAAGGCGAAUACUCAUCAGGACAACACCAGUUUCGUUUCAAAAUUGAACAGCAGGGUAGCAAUAAGUGGAUUCUUUUCGCUAUAGUUUCUAAAGGUGCGCCAAUACAGAACCUUCCAUACAGCACUCCUUCGACUUAUGGUUGGGCCGGAAGUAAUCAGGUUUAUAUCAAUGGGGUUCACCACAAUAGUCAUAACAACUAUAAAACUGAUAUGGAAAUGAACGAUAUAUUGGAAUUAUCAGUAGAUUGUGACAGGAAAAAGAUUCAUUUAAAAAAUGAGCGAACGCAAAGUAUAUCAGAACUCGAUGUGGAUAUAGCCAAGUGUUCUUUUCCAUGGCAAAUUAAUCUUGAUGUUUAUAAUGCGAAUGAACGUAUACGUUUUCUACCAUAA